AUGGAGAUUAUUGAUGAUUCUUAUAGGAAGAGUGGAAGCUUUAGAAUAAGCAGUGGCAUGGAUGUGUUUGUGAAGUCAUCGUCGUCAUCACGGCGGGUGCAGGAAGAUGAAGAAAGGGCACUCAAGUGGGCUGCGCUUCAGAGAGUUCCAACCUAUGACCGCCUGAAGAAGGCCUUAGUUACAGGGCUAAGAGGUGAGACAAGUGAAAUUCAUAUAAACAACAUCAGAUAUGAAGACAAGAAACAAAUCCUUGAGAGGUUGAUCAAAGUCCCAGAAACAGAUAACCACAAGUUCCUAUUGAAACUUAAGGAUCGCAUUGACAGGGUUGCACUUGAUAUUCCUACAGUGGAGGUAAGAUUUGAGCAUUUGAAUGUGGGGGUUGAAGCUUAUGUAGGCAAAAGAGCUUUGCCUUCUAUCACAAACCUGUUCUUGAACAUACUGGAGGGGCUAUUGAGCUGUUUCCACCUGCCUACAAACAAGAAACACAUUUCGAUUCUUCGUGAUGUUAGUGGAAUCAUCAAGCCUGGCAGAAUGACAUUGCUCUUAGGGCCUCCAAGUUCAGGGAAAACCACUCUUCUGCUGGCACUGGCAGGGCAGCUUGAUCCCAGUUUGGAAUUUUCUGGGAGAGUUUCUUACAAUGGGCAUGAAAUGCAUGAAUUUGUGCCCAUGAGAACUGCUGCUUACAUCAGCCAGCAUGACCUCCACAUUCCAGAAAUGACUGCUAAAGAAACCCUGGCCUUUUCUGCAAGAUGCCAAGGAGUUGGCUCCAGAUAUGAAAUGUUAGCAGAACUAUCUAGAAGAGAAAAAGCAGCAAAUAUUAUGCCAGAUCCGGAUAUAGAUAUCUUUAUGAAGGCUGCUGCAACAGAUGGUCAGCAAGAAAAUGUCGUUGUGGAUUACAUCAUCAAGAUUCUGGGACUUGAAGGCUGUGAGGAUACAAUUGUAGGAAAUGAACUGUUAAGGGGCAUGUCAGGAGGUGAGCGAAAGCGGCUUACAAUAGGGGAAAUGCUUGUAGGACCAGCAAAUGUUUUCUUGAUGGAUGAGAUAUCAACUGGUUUAGACAGUUCAACCACUUUUCAUAUCCUAAAAUCCAUCAGAAAUUGUGUACACAUUCUCCAUGGGACUGCAGCAAUUGCUCUUCUGCAGCUUGCACCUGAAUGUUAUGAUCUGUUUGAUGAUAUUAUCCUCAUAUCUGAAGGCCAGAUUGUGUAUCAGGGUCCACGCGAUUAUGUGCUUGAAUUCUUUGAAUGUAUGGGAUUCAGAUGUCCAGAAAGAAAAGGGGUAGCUGACUUGUUGCAAGAAGUGACAUCAAAGAAAGAUCAAAAGCAGUAUUGGGUCCAUAGUGACAAGCCUUACAGAUUUGUGACAGUAAAGGAAUUCUCUGAAGCAUUUCAAUCUUUCCACGUUGGGCACAACCUAGGAGAUGAGCUUGCCACCCCAUUCCCCAAGGCUACAAGUCAUCCAGCUGCUAUAACUACAAAACCAUAUGGAGUUAGCAAGAUGGAGCUCCUGAAAUCUUGUUUUCUCAGAGAAGUUCUACUGAUGAAGAGAAACUCUGCCCUUUAUCUUCUUGGACUCGCUUCGGUGAUUCUUUUGGCAGUGAUUACGAUGACACUAUUCCCAAAGACCAAUAUAAGCAGAAACUCAGUAAUGGGGGCACAGAUAUACAUGGGGUCCCUCUUUUUUAGCCUCAGUGUCUUCCUGUUUAGUGCAAUACAAGAGUUAGCCCCCACUGUUAUGAGGCUUCCUGUUUUCUACAAGCAAAGGGACCAUUCGUUUUAUCCUGCAUCGGCCUAUGCAAUACCUAUAUGGAUCCUCAGCAUUCCCAUAUCAUUCGUUGAAGUUUCAAUCUGGGUGUUUUCUACAUACUAUGCCAUUGGCUAUGAUCCAAAUGUUGAAAGGUUGUUUAAACAGUGGGUUUUACUCUUGAUUUUCAAACAAACUUCGUCUGCGUUAUUCAGAUGUGCUGCAGUAGUGAGUAGGAGUAUGACCGUCGCAUUUGUAGCCUGUUCUUUUGUAAUCCUAAUGAUGUUUUCCUUGGGUGGAUUUGUCUUGUCAAGAGUGGAUGUGAAGAAAUGGUGGUUGUGGGGGUGUUGGGUAUCACCAUUGAUGUAUGCCCAGAAUGCUAUAGCAGUAAAUGAAUUCCUUGGAACAAGUUGGAAUACUGUGCUUCCAUUUUCUUCAUCAGAACCACUUGGUGUUCUUGUGCUCAAGUAUCGCGGGCUUUACCCCGAGGCAUACUGGUACUGGGUUGGAGUAGGGGCACUGGUUGGAUUCACAAUUAUCGCGAAUUUCCUUUAUGCUCUAGCCCUUGCAAAACUCAGAUCACUCCCACAGUCUCAUCAGGUUGUUAUCUCAGAAGAAUCUGAUAGCAGCAAUAAUGGUGCAGGAGGAGGGCGCGCAAUGAUCUUACCAUUUGAGCCCCACUGGAUCGCGUUUAGUGAUGUUAAGUAUUCUGUAGACAUGCCACAGGAGAUGAAGAAGAAGAAGAAGAAGAAUGCGGUGGAAGAUCGUGUGGAGCUUUUGAAAGGUGUGAGUGGGGCUUUCAGGCCGGGCAUUCUGACAGCCCUUAUGGGAGUGAGUGGUGCAGGUAAAACUACACUGAUGGAUGUCCUGGCAGGGAGGAAAAAUAAUGGGGGAUAUAUUGCAGGGAACAUCACAGUUUCGGGCUACACCAAGAAGCAAAAAACGUUUUCUCGCAUUUCUGGAUACUGUGAGCAGAACGACAUCCACUCUCCCCACCUUACAGUAUAUGAAUCCUUGCUCUUUUCGGCUAAGCUCCGCUUACCAUCACAGAUUGAUUCAGAAACCAGAAGGGUGUUCAUAAAAGAGGUGAUGGAGUUGGUUGAACUGACCUCUCUCGGGGAGGUAGUGGUUGGUUUACCCGGGGUGAAUGGUCUGUCGACUGGGCAACGAAAGAGGCUGACGAUUGCAGUAGAACUGGUGGCCAAUCCUUCCAUAGUAUUCAUGGAUGAGCCCACCACAGGCCUUGAUGCCAGGGCUUCAGCAAUCAUCAUGAGGACAAUUCGAAACGUUGUUGACACUGGCAGAACAAUUGUGUGCACAAUCCACCAGCCAAGCAUUCACAUAUUUGAAGCUUUUGAUGAGCUGCUGCUAAUGGCACUAGGAGGACAAGAAAUUUACUUUGGCCCAAUCGGGCGUCGAUCUUGCCACUUAAUCAACUAUUUUGAGAGUAUCCAAGGCAUCAGCGGGAUGAAAGAAGGUUAUAAUCCAGCAACAUGGGUGCUGGAAAUUACAACAACUGAAAAAGAAGUGGGUCUGGGGCUUAGUUUCAGUGAGAUCUAUGCAAGUUCAGAACUGUGCAAGAGAAACAAAGCUUUUGUUGAAACACUGAGCACACCCUCUCCAGGUUCAAGGGAUCUCAGUUUUCCAACUCAGUAUUCACAAUCUUUCUCAGCUCAAUUCUUGGCAUGCCUGCAGAACCAUCAAUGGUCCUACUGCCAUAACACCUCAUACACUGCACUCAGAGCCCUUUUCACCAUUUUUAUUGCACUGCUGUUUGGGACAAUGUUCUGGGGUCUUGGUGCAAGGAGGAAUAAGGUACAGGACUUGUUCAAUGCCAUGGGUUCCAUGUUUGCUUCAGUGUUCUUUGUUGGGACUCUGAAUGCAUUCAGUGUUGAGCAAGUAGCUGUGGUAGAAAGAACAGUGUUUUACAGAGAAAGAGCUGCAGGGAUGUAUGCAGCUACGCCUUUCGCCUUCGCAAUGAUUGUGAUUGAGGUGCCAUACAUUUUGGUGCAAGCAGUGGUGUACAGUGUGAUAGUGUAUUCCAUGAUUGGAUUUGAGUGGACAGCCAACAAGUUUUUGUGGUACCUUUUCAUCAUGUUCUUAACAUUCUUGUACUCCACUUUCCUGGGCAUGAUGUCAGUGGCCAUGACUCCAAAUCUGGACAUUGCCACCCUCUUGGCAACUGCUACAUUUGGGAUAUGGAAUGUGUUCUCUGGCUUCUUGAUUCCUCGCCCGCAUGCUCCUGUGUGGUGGAGAUGGUAUUUUCUGGUGUCACCUGUUGGGUGGACGCUAUAUGGGCUGAUGGUAUCUCAGUUCGGAGAUGUUGAUGAUGUUUUAGAGACAUUCAACACGGUGGAGGGGUUCCUCAGGAUUUUCUUGGGUUAUAAACGUGAGUUUUUGGGAGAAUCUGCAGCCAUAUUGUCUGCUUUUGUUCUGCUCUUUGCUCUUAUAUUUGCUCUCUGCAUCAACCUCUUCAACUUCCAAAACCGUUAGUUGAUACUCAUAUGGGCCUCGGAAAAUGGAUCAACCCCAACUACAACCUCACAUCUAUGUUUUGUCAAAAUACAUCAUUAAUUUUGUGUUUCAUUCUUAGGAAUAUAAUGCUU